GCCUGCCUGCCCCCGGCGAAGCCCGCCAGCCGCUCGCAGCGCUACGAGCGCCAGCCGGCCAUGCGGCCCGCCACCCCCCACACCAUCACCCUGCAGCCGUCGUCCUUCAGGAACCUGCGCCUGCCCAAGAGGCUGCGGGUCAUUUACUUCUUCGCCAGGACGCGGCUGGCCCAGAGACUCAUCAUGGCCGGGACGGUGAUCUGGAUCGGAAUCCUGGUUUACACGGAUCCUGCCGGUCUCCGCACCUACCUCACGUCGCAGGUCACCGAACAAAGCCCUUUGGGUGAAGCAGGUCUGCCUCCGAUGCCUGUUCCUGGAGGGGUCCUACCUGCUGGGGACCCCAAGAUUGAUCUCUCAGUCUUCCCGUCGGACCCUCUGCAGCUGUCGGAAAACCAGACGCAGCAGCGGGAGCAGAAGCCGGGGCUGGAGUCCCUGAGCAGGCUGGAGCCGAACCAGCACGCUUGGGCCCAGGGACCCGAGGGCAAAGGGAACGGCCAGGCGGAGCUUGGAGCUGAAGCAGAGGUUACCUGGGGGGCAGAGGAUGAGGAGAUUUGGAGGAAGCUUUCCUUCAGACACUGGCCGUCCCUCUUCAGCUACUACAACAUCACCCUGGCCAAAAGGUACAUCAGCAUCCUCCCAGCCAUCCCCGUCACGCUGUACCUGAACCCACAAGAGGCCUUAGAAGUGCGGCAUCCCCAGGAGGCCAACCGCUACCACCCCUUCUUACCGGCAAGCGGUGGGAAGCUGGAUGCCGAAGCUCAGCCUGAGCGAGCCUCCCCCAGGCUGCAAGGGCACCAGGACGUCACCCUUUACAAAGUGGCUGCUCUGGGUCUGGCCUCGGGCAUUAUCCUGGUCCUCCUGCUCUUCUGCCUGUACCGGGUGUUCUGCCCCAAGAACUACGGGCAGAACGGGCUCUCGCACAGCAGGAGGAAGAGGGGGGACCUGCCCUGCGACGAUUACGGCUACUCCCCGCCGGAGACUGAGAUCGUCCCCUUGGUGCUUAGAGGCCACCUCAUG